AUGUCGUACAGAAGCAACCGAAAAGAUGCCAAGGAGUUGUCCAGGAAGAAUCGAUUCGCUGCUUUCGAUCCCGAUAUUGCCAGUAGAUAUGACGACGAUGAUGACAGACCAGCUACUCGUGUUCCCAGACUCCAAAACCUUGGAAGAAUUAUCAAUCAGCUUAAACCAGACUCCUUGCGCCGUAAUCGUGACGUUAAACAGGAACAACAAAUAAGAGGGGCUGCUGGUAUGACUGGUAAAACAGAUUUGGUUAAUAAAAUCAGGAUCCCCGGAGGAGAGAGAUUUGGGCUUCAGUGGAUUAUUCGCAAGCUCAGUUCACAAAUUGAAGAGUUCCGACCUUUGUUACCCACAAUCACAAAAAAGAAGGAUAUUGAAUUCUUUUUGAGAAGCGAUGAUGUUGCCGAAGCUGUCGAGGCUGUGAGUAAAAGAAUUGUUCACAAGGACUCAGGAAAUAAAAUUAUUUUCCUGAGAAGUAAAGGUCAAGCUCCGUGGGCAAAACUAUCGAAGCAAGAAGUUGAUACUAUUCAUGCUGUUGUGGAUAGUCAUUACGAUGCUGGUAGCCGAGCUCUCUAUCUGACUGAGUUCGCGUUAGAUCCAGUCUUCCGAGCAAAAGAUAUGCAUAUGGCUUUGAGCAAAGGAAAUGUUAUGCUCACUGUCAUUGAACGAAUUGAUGCACGAUAUGGAGGCUUGACUGCCUUAAGCUUGAAAGGAAAUAGAUUGCGACAGUUAGAUUUCGCUGCCAUGUUAGUAAAUGUCUGCAAGUUUAUGUCUGUAUUAGACUUAUCGGAUAACCAGAUUGGAAACAUCGAGCAAUUGAAUCAUUUGAAAGGACUGCCAAUAAAAACAUUAUUCUUCGAGGGAAAUCCUGUUUGCGAACAGCUGACCAGAAUUACGGAUUACUUGAAUGCCAUCCAUCAAGUUUUUCCUCAAGUCUCAAGUUUGGAUGGAAGUCCCGUACAACCUGCGAGUUUAACUCCUCUUAUCCCUGAGGACAUCUCCAAUGAACCACCGUUGAAGGCCGGAUUUUAUGGAAAUAAUGAUUUGAAAACACUAGUGGAGACUUUUGUUCACGAGUACUUCAAACAGUAUGAUGGCGAAGAAGGUGCCAUCACUAGAAAGAAUUUGAUGGAUGCUUAUGACAAGGAUGAUAGUACUUUGACUAUCACUAUUGCUAAUUUGUCUGAUACGGCAUCCGUUCGUUAUCAUAAUGACGACUGCUAUGCCACGUAUGCUAGAUUGUCUCACAAUGUUCUACAACAAGAAAAAUUUUCAAGAAACAGAUCAAAUAGAACUUUGAAAGGAGCAAUGGAAAUUGUAGUUCAACUUGCGAAACUCCCCAUCACCAAUCACUAUAGGGAAUCAUUUAUUGUAGAUGUUCAUCUCAUCACUACUCAAUUACUAGGAUUUACUGUACAAGGAUUAUUCGAAGACGGAGAGUUAGCAAAGCCUGGAACUUUGCCGACAUUAAAUUAUUUCUCCCGCUCUUUUGUCGUAGCUCCACGUGGUGCCGGUGCUGUCGCAGUGUUAUCAGACAUGUUGUUCAUAAGUGGAAUAACCACAGAAAGAAUGGCUCGCUACAAAGUCCUUUUGAAUAAGUGUAUAUCAGCACCAGUGACUGUUAAUAAUAUCACAGAUAACUUGAAUAGCUUAACGGCAACAGCCCCUCCAGAAGAUGUUAGGAAGGCGAUGGUCGAAAAAUUCUCAAUUGAGAGUGGAAUGUUGCCAGAAUGGAGUUUGAAGUGUUUGGAGGACUCGAAUUGGGAUUAUCAGGUCGCAGGACAACAGUUUCUAAGUUGUCGCGGACAGAUUCCCAAAGAAGCUUUCGCCGCUCCCCAAUAG